CAUACUUGUUUUCCUUUGCUCUUUUAAUUUUAUUCAACAGCCUUUGAGCAAAAUGUACUUUUAUAAUUCAUUCUUAAGUGACUCAUUGCACUAAAAAGCUUUGUGUUAAAUCUGUCUGCUUUUUUUCUCUCUCUCACCACUUAAUUGUUUUGUCUUAUUUGGCUCAAACUGUUUUCUUUAAGUUUUGUUUACAGCAAUUUGAUUAUGUCUGCACGGUAUAUUAACUUCUUAGAUGUCACUGUUGCACAACAUGGCUAAUCCCAAGGUUUUAUUAGAACUCAUCAUGGCCUUACUUUUUUUAUAUUCCUGUAAAUGGCUUAAAUAGCUUCUUUAUUGGGGCAAGCAGGAAGAUGCUACUCCCUCAAGGCAUGCACUUCAGUUUAAAUCAGCAUUGCUAGAAGCAUAAGUGUCAAUACAUUAUCUGUCUCAGCAUCAAACCCUGUGGUGAACCUUAAAAACAAUGUCGUUUCCAGACAGAGUUUCUUUGUCUUCUUUUGUACUAGAAAUUGAAACAGUAUUCCAGUGUGAUGGCUCUGCUGAAAAUGUGUUUUUUUUUCCUCCAGCUGCAAGACGAUACAAGACAUACAAAAGAUAAGAGUACAAAGGCACACAAGGCCAUGUGAGGUUGAUAGAAUAUCAGAUGAAUUAUUUAGAAAAAAAUGCUGAAUUAUAUUAAACACAGUAAAUUGAAGUAGAUACUAAGAGACAAUUAAGCUAGUCUAUAUCGAUCACACUGGUAAUAUACAAUAACUUAUGGACACAAGUAAAACCUGGACAAUGCAGAAAAGUCACAACUAAAGAAAUAUUACUAAUAAGCUAUAUUAGCUAAAGCUGUAUCCAAAUUAAAUGACUGCUACCAAAUAGCAUAGAUAAAAUCAUCCACAGUCUAGAUAACUUUUGAUCAAUCUUGAAAUCUUUAUUUUAAACACUUUGGCAAACAAAAUCUGUGUCCAACAUUUGUUUUUCUGUAAGUUAUCCCAUGUCUAAAUUUUAGCAAUUUAAAUCUUUUCCUGAUGCUGCUGUAUUUAUUUACAAGAAAUGCAUAAGCCAUGAGCCAUGCUCUAAAUGCUAACUCUAAGUUACAAGAAAAAAAAAAAAAACACCCUAAGCUUCUUUUGUCAAUAGUGCAAUAAAAAUCAAUUUGCACUGUUGUGCAUUUCACAGAGUGGAGACCAAAUUUGCUUGCUCAAUAGACCAUGAGGGUCAGUUGCUCUGCGCCACUCAACAUACAUCUUGCAUUCCGCCUCUGUUCAUUGGCUACAGUAGUCAACUUUAGAUUAAAGAAAUGGCAAAAUGGAAAAAUGAGCAACAUGAACUGUGAAAGUUUUGUGGGAAUAAAAUGCUACUUUACAUUUUUUAACUACGUUUUAUUGCUUUCUUGACAUUAUCAGUAAACAGUGGACUUGUGUAAGGAAUACUCAAACAUAACGCACUUUAUGUUCAGCGGAUAUAUGGCACUUUGGGAAAGUAUUGGCCAUUACAGAUUUCUUCUGCUCGUCCUUUUUGUCACUAUGAAAUGUCCCAGAUCGUCAUACUAAUUUUAUUAUGAGAUAAAGGUAACUUGAGUGAAUACGAAUACAGUUUUUGUAGUAUUUUGUUUUGUAGGGGAAACCCUACCUAUAGCGAUCUAUAAAAAAAAUCCUUAAAUUAAAUAUAAUUAAUUGCUCAUUUUUGUAGAAACUGAGUUCAAAUAAAUUUUUCUCAUACAAUUUUCCCCAGACCAUUGUUCAUCAAUUUUUAUUUUGCAUAUUUUUAUAGAUCAAUAAGAGUUCAUGUCUAAUUUUUUAAAAAUAUAUAUUUUUAUUCAUAGGGGUAAAACUAAGCAUAGAAGAUGUUAACAAUGUUCAAAAAUACAUUCAUGAGCAGUUGGGACUUCCAUUUCUUCGCAUUGAAUGGGUAAAUUAGGAGAAAAAAUAAUUCCAUAAAAAAACAAAGCAGAUAAAGCUGAACUUAACUGCACAUUAAUCUGAGCAAAUGUGCAUCAUAAUGUUCAAACUGCAAUGGCUUUGUUAUUGUAUCCAAUCAAGACCUGUGUGAGCAAUUGUAUUGUUUUCACCUGUGUCUUCAUCUCCUCUUCCUGGAAGCUCAUUGGCAUGCAUGAUGAUACUUGACUGGGUGCAACAUUUCACCAUUAUUCAUGGAUAGAGUACACCUCUGAGCCAGACUGACAGAUCAAAAGAUGAUGAUGAUAGGUUGGGGCUACUGGUGUUUUGGGUGAUGAAUGGCCCCAUCGUUCAAAGAUGGCUUUGCUGGAGGAAGUUUAAGGAUGUUUUCAUCUAGUUGUUAAAUUUUCCACUUCUGAUACACACUGCUUUCAAAUGUGAUCGGUGCUUAUGCGCAUGUGCAUGUGUGUGUCAAACACAAAGGAGGGACAACAGUCUAAAGCUAUCGAAGGAAACACUGACUCCAUAGAGGAUUUGAUGCAGAGGUUCCAGGACAACUUUCGUGUUCCCAACACACCAACCAACAUGUCCCAUUACCAGCAUACCGUGCACAGCUCGUCAACAGGCCGGCGGAGGCUCUCCAACCGCACCAGAGUGACUGGAGGUGUGUAUGGUCCCCAAGAGGAAUCGAGUUCAGAGCCUGAAGAUGACAAUCAAAUGAAGUUUUACACAGAGCAGAACAGAGGACGAAGGCGCAGUAAAGGCCACUCACAAAGUCCCCUGAAUAAGGUCACCCUGACACUGAUUACCAUCAGUACGUGUGUCAUCGCCAUUGUCUAUGCUACACAGGACUCCUGCCCUCUUACUGUCAAGGUUACUCUCCACGUGCCAGAGCAUUUUGUUGCAGAUGGCAGCAGUUUUGUGGUGAGCAUGGGCAGCUUCCUGGAUGUCUCCAACUGGCUAAAUCCAGCUAAGCUAACGCUUUACUAUCAGACCAAUUCAUCAACGCAGUGGGUCCAUGACUACUGUGGCCAAAGGACCACUGAGCCCUGUGAGCAGAUUUGUGACCAGGAGACAGGAGAUUGUAGCUGUCAUGAGGGUUAUUCCCCUGACCCUGUCCAUAAACACCUUUGCGUUCGCAGUGACUGGAGUCGCAACGAAGGUCCUUGGCCAUAUGCUAACUUGGAGAAAGGUUACGACCUAGUUACAGGAGCUCAGGCCCCAGAGAGAAUCUUCAGAUCAUUCUACAGUUUGGGUCAAGGCUUGUGGCUCCCAGUCAGUAAAAGCUUUGUAGUACCACCAGUGGAACUGUCAAUCAACCCAAUCGCCAGCUGUAAGACAGAUGUGUUGGUUACCGAAGAUCCAGGAGAGGUCAGGGAAGAGGCCUUGACGUCUACGUACUUUGAGUCGGUGCAGGACCUGUUGGCGUCCUUUGGACCCGUUCGUGACUGCUCCAAAGACAAUGGUGGCUGCAAAAAAAAUUUCAAGUGUGUAUCUGAUCGACAGAUGGACUCUUCUGGUUGCAUGUGUCCUGAGGGGUUGAGACCAAUGAAGGAUGGCUCAGGUUGCUAUGACUACUCCAGAGGCGUUGACUGCACGGAUGGCUUCAACGGAGGUUGUGAACAGCUGUGCCUUCAGCAGCUUGUACCCCUGGAAGAUGAUCCCACAUCCAACAAUGUUUUUAUGUUUUGCGGAUGCGUGCAGGAGUACAAGUUGGCAGGAGACGGGCGCUCCUGCCUCCUGCAGUCAGAGAACUGUGAGGGACAAAAAUGCCUGAGGCAAGAUGUCCACUUCAAUGACACUCUGUUUGGUGAGAUGCUGCAUGGAUACAACAACAAAACGCAGCAAGUCAACUUGGGACAGAUAUUCCAAAUGACCUUCCGGGACAACAACUAUAUUAAGGACUUUCCACAGCUCGCUGAUGGUCUCAUGGUCAUCCCCUUGCCAGUCGAGGAACAGUGUCGGGGAAUCUUGUCAGAGCCAUUACCCAACCUGCAGCUUCUAUCAGGCGAUGCCCAGUUCAGUGAAGCGGUAGGAUACCCUAUGGUUCAACAGUGGAGGGUGCGCAGUAAUCUUUACAAAGUCAAACUCAGCUCGAUAACCUUAUCCACAGAAUUUUCUAAGGUGCUCAAGACGCUUUCAGGUGAGAGCACACGCGAGGAGCUCCUUGCUUUUCUCCAGCAGUACGGCAGCCAUUAUGUGUCAGAGGCCCUGUAUGGCUCCGAGCUCAGCUGCAGCAUCUACUUUCCCAGCAAGAAGUCCCAGCAGCAGCUUUGGCUGCAGUACCAGAAAGAGGCAACAGACCAGGGAGUCGGAGGCGGAGGGCGACGGGAGAUUAAGUCUGUUCCCUUUAUCAACUACCUGUUAGCUCUACAGAAGAGCCAGCUGCUGUCAGAUGACCUGGUAAAUGGCGUAGAGAUCCGCUGUGAAGAGAAGGGCAGCUGUCCCUCUGGCUGCCACCUGUGCCAUCACCAGGGCAUGAUGGGAGGAGGGUCAGGGAGAAGCCGCAAUGGUAAUGGUAGGAGUGGGGAACAGCCUUCUCCCAUCCCUGUCCUCCUUGAAGUCAGCAGGGUUGUGCCCCUCUACAGCCUGAUCCAAGACAACAUCACCAAAGAGGCCUUCAAGAGCGCCACAAUGAGCUCAUACUGGUGUGCUGGAAAGGGCGAUGUCAUUGAUAACUGGUGUCGCUGUGACCUGAGUGCCUUCAGCAAAGACGGCCUGCCUAACUGCAGUCCCCUCAGGCAGCCAAUAUUGCGUCUGGCCCCUAACUUGGAGCCCUCAAGCACAACAGUGGCCCUGGAAUGGAUGGAUGUGGAGCCGCUUAUUGGCUGCAAAGUUUCUGACUACAUUAUUCAACAUAAACGUGUGGAGGAUCCUUCAGAAGCUGAAAUCUACACAGGUGAGGUUCUGAGCUUGAUGGAUGAUGUAUUCUCUGGUUUGAGCUCAUCUUGUGUUGUUGCGGGAAAAAGGACCGGAGAUCACCCCCAGUCUGUGGUGUAUUCGGUUGUCUUCAAGUGCCUGGAACCUGACAGUCUCUACAGGUUUACCCUCGCUGCAGUGGAUAAUCGAGGCAGUCACACAGAGUCGAGCUUUGUCUCUGUACGCACAUCUUGCCCAGUGGUGGAUGACAGUCGUGCAGAAGAAAUAGCCGACAGGGUGUACAACUUAUACAAUGGCUACACCAGUGGAAAAGAACAGCAGAUGGCCUACAAUAUGCUGAUGGAGAUUGCCCCUCCGCUGCUUUAUAGAGUCCAGCACCACUACAAUUCCCACUAUGAGAAGUUUGGGGACUUUGUGUGGCGCAGUGAGGAUGAGCUGGGCCCCAGGAAAGCAAACCUGAUACUUCGUAGGGUGGAAACGAUCAGCCUCUACUGCCGAUCCCUCCUUCGCAGUACCCACAUCCAAAGUCGCACAGACACAAUGGCUUAUAUCUACUGUAGAAGCGAAGAGGGUGGACUUCCCAGCAUGUGGCAUGGCUCCUUACAUGAAAGACGUGCUCUGUGCAUGGAAAAGCUCAUUUCCUUACAGCGCAACACUUACAGUAACACCAAACUCCGGUGAGAGACAAAUGGAGAGAUGAGCACACAUCGUCUUUUUCUGCAAAAUGACAUCAUUGAUUGUUGAACCUCAUUGGUACGCUCUGCAGCAAGUGUCUCUCAUGUGACUGGCGCAUUUUAAAAAAAACCAGGAGAGCCUUCGCAGAAUCCUCAGAAAUCACAAAACAUCUUGUUAAAGCCACACAAAGACGUAUUUUUGUGUGGCAUCCUUUUAUCAGAAGAUAUGGAAGAGUUGCUGGAGUGGACAAGCUUUUCAGCUACAGAAUCCCAGUGGUUGUGCACAUUAGUAAGGAAAUGUAGUACAAGUCUGUAAAACUGACAAGUCAAUCAAAAGCAUAAAAAAGAAAGACAAACAAAAAAAGUGGUUGGCUUCAAUACCAUGAAUGUAAUGAUAUGGUUUGUUUUUGGUGCUUACCUUGGAUUCUACAAAAGAAAAAGGAUAUAAUGAUUCUGUAACUUAUUUGCCUUUGCUACUUUCAUUAAAAAAGAGAAGUGGAAUUA